AUGUCCGAGGGGGCGAAAGACGCGUUCCUCGACCGGCCGAAGUCUGGGGCUUCCAGACUUGCUGCAGGACUGCGGCAAGACUUCGCCACCAUCGCGGCGCCCCUACACCGCCUCACUCGUAAAGGAGUGCCGUUCGAGUGGGACGCGGCGUGCCAGGCUGCGUUCGACGGCCUGAAGAGGGCCCUGGUGGCGGCGCCGGUCCUGCCGUACCCCCACCCGAAGCUCCCUUACCUGCUUGACACCGACGCCAGUGCGGAGGGCAUCGGGGCUGUCUUGUCGCAGGUGAAGGAUGGAAGGGAGCACGUGGUGGCCUACUACAGCGCCAAGUUCAGUAGGCCUGAACGCAACUACUGCGUGACCAGGAAGGAGCUGCUGGCAGUAGUAAAAAGUCUCGAGCACUUCCAGCCGUACCUCUACGGCGCUGAGUUCACCGUCCGGACCGACCACGCUGCCCUGCAGUGGUUGAAAACACUGAAGGCGCCGGAGGGUCAGCUGGCGAGGUGGUUGGGAAGGCUCGAGCAGUUCAACUACCGGAUUGUUCACCGCCCGGGUCGUGUGCACAGCAACGCCGAUAGUUUGAGCCGGCGCCCGUGUGAGGCAGGUUGCUCUCACUGUGCUAGCAAGGACCCCGACCCUGUGACUCGACGCCCGUGUGAGGCAGGUAGCUCACAUUCCGUCCCUGAAGGACCUGACGCCGUGAGUCAGAGCCCGUGUGAGGCAAGCUACUCACACCAGGCGCGUCGGGACCCUGACCCUGUUUGCCGACGCUUAACAGUGCCUGCCAACGCCACUGAAGGCAACGACCGGUGGCGUGAGGCACAGAGCGCAGACCCCGCUCUUGCUCCUGUAGUGCGUUGGCUCAGGGCCAGCGGGGAGCGACCCCGGUGGGAGGAAGUGUCGGCGGAGAGUCCUGCCACUAAGUGCCUCGUCGACCAGUGGGAGACGCUGCGGUUGGACCGGUGGGGAGUGCUAGUAAAGCGCUGGGAGGUGUUAGGCGGAGUGGGCAGAGACGCCUGGGUAGUGGUGGUACCCCGUGCAAAGCGUGCUGAGGUGUUACGGGAGUUGCACGCCGGUGUUACUAGUGGCCACUUGGGCGAGAAAAAGACCCUUAAACGUCUCCGCCAGCGCUUCUACUGGGUCGGUAUGCGGAACGACGUUUCCGAGUGGUGUCGGGCCUGUGACGUUUGUAGUGCGAAAAAGGGCCCCACACGCCGGAAUCGGGCUCCGCUUCAGUUGUACAGCGUGGGGGCGCCAAUGGAGCGGGUUGCUGUAGAUAUUGCUGGCCCGCUGCCCAUGACGCCCCGGGGCAAUCGUUUCGUAUGCGUCGUGAUGGACUACUUCACGAAGUGGCCUGAGGCGUAUGCGCUCCCGAACCACGAGGCUGAAACAGUGGCGAGUGUCCUAGUAAACGAGUGCUUCACCCGGUUCGGUGUGCCGUCAGAACUGCACUCAGACCAGGGCCGUGAGUUCGAGUCCCGUGUGUUCCGUGAGUGCUGCGACUUCCACACGAAGCUGAUGGCAGUGUUCCUCGACUCCCCGCGGCACGCCUCCAUGGACAGUCACCGCUUGUGGUUUGUCGACAGCGGAUAUGCAACGCACAUCAGCUAA